UUAGUCUUUGACCAAUCAAAACGGCAGAAGUAUGCUGGUACAUUAGGGAGGAAAACACUCAACUGUUCAUAACCAUUACAAGAGGAAUCCUUUAAUCAGCUGCAGGACAGUUUAUCUUGCUGCCAACAGGAAAAUGUCGGUUUGAUAAAUCUUAACUCUUACGUCAAUUUUUCUGUGUUCGUCACGGUCUCGUCGAACAUUCUCACCUACAUGUAGCAGAGGCUUGCUAGCUAGCGUCGCAGCUAUCUGAAUAACGUUCAUGCUCAAAUGGCGAUAAAAGCAGAUUUCUUCCACUCGGUAAGUGAAACAUUGUCUAAGUGCUGUGGUGGUUAUAGGGUUUUGAUCCGCAUUCCUGAUAUCUGUAAGUGUAUUAUUGGAUAAGUAAGCUGUCCUCUCUGUGGACAAGUUGGCAGUCAGUGUAGCAAAACAGUCUGUGACGACGUGUUGUGUGACCAGCUAGCUAUGGUGCAAGGACGAGGAGGGAGCGUCAUCAGACCAGGUGAAGCAGCUGCGUCCGUGAACGCACCACAAAGCUAAUUUGGGUUGACGUGAAAAUACAAUAUAAACCUACUUUUAUUUUAAGAGAUUUUUUUUUUUAACGUUUGACAAGUAUAAAAAUAAGCCUGUGAAGGAGCAGAGGGGUGCAAAGAGAAGUUGAACACAGCGAAGCUGGCUGAAAUAAUUCAGUCUGUAGUUAGGCCUUUGAUUGGUGUUGGACUCAUUUUCGCUUCUGGUAGUUUAAUGUCGUGUCUGAUAUACUUAUAUAUGCGCAACAGGAACUCAAGGCAUCCUUCUUCAAAAGCAAUAAAAAGAUAGCAUGCAUAAACACAAGAUAUAGUGGUCUGUGUUUACAUUUCACUUCGUUUUCCAGUGUAAGAAGAUUGCUCAUGGAGGACUGUUAUUUCGUGGUAAAAAAAUAACAUUUCUGCACGACAUGAAACCUUCUAAACUGUGGAUGAUGUUGAAUGUUGAAUUUGGAUGCAGUGGUGAGGAGCAGGUGGAAGAAAUGGACUAAUUUUUUUGCACACAUGAUGAGACUGCCAUUUUGUCCUGCUAUGCAGUGCGUGAUGACAAGAUUUUUUUCCCCCAAACUUAGCCUCUUCUUUUUGCAAGAUUUCCAAUAAUAAUGAUAAUAAUAAAAAUCCCAAAUCAAAAAGUUGUAUGUUCGAGUAAGCAAAGGGUGAAUGUGUGUCAUAAGUGUAUAUGAUAGAGUAAGAAAGUCAUGCCAUGAGGUAGCUGUUCCUUUUUAUAAUGACAUGGUACCUGUAUUUUUCCACUGCAUCCACUGUAGGUAAACAGAUAUUACGAGACAACAUACUUUGCAUUAUAAGGAAUGGGCUUAUUAACUCAUGCUCUGUGUUAGCAGAGCAUAUAACAUCAAUGUACUUGAGAGACCUUACCAUUUAAGAUCUGACCUGAUGGAAAUGGUGUCAUUGUUUGCUUGUUUUCAACAUUGGCUUUCCUGUUUUCUGGCUUCUCCAACAGAAAGCAAAGCUCCGGUGUUCAUCAGAACCUACCCUCAUCUCUACGAUGACUUAAAAUGGUAAGAUUGUGUGACAAAAAGAUGUGUGUUGUAUUGAUGUAAUGUUGAAUUACAACAAAUGAAACAUAAAAGGAUUGUAAGGAACACAUCAUAUGAGCACCUAUAGGACAAUAUACUGUGGUUUUAAUGAUAAUCAUCAAUAUCUGUAUAUUGUAAUACUGUACCAGUCAAUCAUUACACAAUUUUGCGUGUCUGCCUUUCGUUAGAAUAUGCCUCCUAAAUAUUGUACAGCAGACAUUUUAAACGUUUGGUUACCAUUCAAGCCUAAACUGUGAAUGUUUUGACUUUUGAAAUGUGAACAUAUUUAUGUUUAAACAAAUUUGAUCAAGACCAUGAGUGGCAUUAAGCUGUAUUACAUGUUUCUUUCUUCUUCUUUUUUUUUAUUUAAAUAAAAAUUCCUUUUAAUUUCUUUAAUAGGUGUGACAGCUGUCAUACAUCCUGUGUAACAGACAUUUCUUAGUAAACUGGAUUAAUCCUUCACCAAAGAUGGAGAACUCUCCUCAACUGUACAUCACUGAAUUUGGAGACCAUGAAGAUAUGGAGGAAGGGGAAGGAGAAGAAGAGGAAAUUCAUCAAGAGGAAGGCAACUUGGAACCACACACAAUGAAGUCACUGGGAUCAGAUCUCCAUAAGAUUCCCUACCAGGAUACUCAGAAAAACUGGAACUCUUUUCCCUGCCAACACUGUGAGAGACAUUUUGCCAGUAAACAAGGCUUGGAGCGACACAUGCAUAUUCACACACUGACAGACGGUGAGCCACACAAAUACAGAACCAAUAGCAAUAUGUCUGUUGGUUCAAAUCUGGGUCAACUGCAGCAUGAGAAGUCCAAGUCUCUGGAUUCAGAGGGCUGUGUCAUGCAGCUUCAUAUUUUAUCCCCGACUAGCUCUAGUACUUCCAUUUUGUCAGCUGGAGACAACACUGUUCAGCCAGACAAGGAGGGAGUAUCAGACGACCAUCAUGCCUGUAACUAUUGUGAAAAGAUAUUCACCACACAUACCAACAAACGGCGGCAUGAGCGCAGGAUCCACAAGCAGCACCUGCAACCAGAAGAAGCUCACCUCCCCGAUGAAAACAAUCCCCAAAGGACAUUUGGCACAACAUCUGAAAUCAGUGCAGAGCUCAGUGAGGGUUCAGUACCUGCAGCUGUUCAGGGAAAUGAAGGAGGACACACUGAACAAUACAUGCUGGAUAUCUCUAGCAACAUUUCAGAAAAUCUCAGCUUUUACAUUGAUGGAAAGAUAGUGUCAACAAGUACAGUCAGUACAUGUGACACAACAGAAGUCCAGUCUGGAUCUUCAGCUUUAGUUCGACUGGAUACCCUGAUUCUAGACCCCUCCCAAAUAAGCCAGGUUUUAAAUCUAGACCCAGUUUCAGGUAAAGAGAUAUCUGGUCAACCAUUAGCCAAAAGGAGAACUGCAACACCACCUCUUUUACCACAAAUAAAAACAGAACUGGAGUCAGAGGUGGUUGUUUCUUCAUCCUCAUCAACCCUUGUAUCUUCUUUGAUAGAGAAUCUGCUCCCUCAGAAUACAGAGUCCACCAUUGUGCAAAAGGAAAGAACAGUGUUUUUGUCACCAAAGCUCAAGCAGCUUCUGGAGAAGCAGGAUGGCCUUAAACCUACACUUGCCCUCAUCUCAGACGGCCAGAAGCCUUGUUCACCUGUCUCCCUCUCUGUCCUGCCUACAGGAUCUGGCAAAUUUAAAAGAAGGACUGGAUCGCCACCAAGCUCCCCACAAGAAAACGCAGCGUAUAACGAGGAAACACCAACAUUAGAUCUGAGCGAUUGUGAUGCUGUGAGCACAGCACUGCUGGAGACUUCACAUGGCUUUCCUGAGCAACAACCAGCCAAUGAGAAGGAUGACACAACUCCGGCUGUGGAGGAGCCCCUGGUGAAGCCUGUCUUCUCUGAAAAUUGGCCCCCCAUGACAGGAGGUAAUUCCUGCAACCAGCGGCCACUGGAUCUGUCUAAUACAGUAAAGAGAAAUGAGGAUGUAGCUUUAGCCGAUGCCGCUCUGGAUUUAAGCUUGCAAAAAAAGACCCUGGGUGAAUGUGACGUUACAGUAAAUGUAGUUCCAGACAGGGUUCUAAAAGAAGGAAAAGCAGACACAUGCUUAGUGGAGGCCUCAAUGAAAACUGUAAGUCUAGAAAAUCCUGAGACCCCUUUAGUCACAGACUUCACAAUAGUUACAGGUCCAGAUGUAAUGACCCCAGUUGAACCCCUUGCAGAAGGACUUGUUUAUGGGCUUGCCUUACCCACUACUUCUCUUACUCCUUCACCCACUUCCCUUACAUCUGUCGCCUUGCAGUCAGCUUCACCAUGCACUAUUGCAUUUGCUUCUCCAGCCCCGCACACCCUGCUCCCCCCUGCUCCUUCAUUAAUCACAGUUUUAGCACCACAGCCCCCUAUUUCCAACCCUUCAAGCCAGCCGGUCCAGGUAAUAACCCCGAAUAUAUCUCCUGAGCCUUUGGUAAUCUGUGCAGAAAAUGCGUUAAAUUCUUCAGAGUGUGAUUUAACAACUGCAUUUGCCGCUACAAAUUCAGCAAAUCUCGUUACUCUCACCCAAUCCCUCGACCCGGCUUUAAAUCUUCCUGGCCAUGUCUUUCUCACUGACCAAAUAGCUCUCAAUCCACCUAUAGUUGAGUCCACUCCUAUAUCAGAGGUGCCAUUUCCUCCUACUAUAACUUUAAAUGAUUCCCUUAUCAACUCAUACAACAUUACUAGCAACACUGUGCUGAUAGAGUGCACAAUAGCUCUCGAAGCCCCAGGAAAUGUAGUUCCUACAGCUAUUACUUUACAAGAAAACACUGGUGAGCUCCCUGCACCCUCACAGAUGUUUGUCAAUCACAUAGAGCAGCAACAGAUUGUGUCAUUGCCCAGCCCUCAAACUGUGGACCCAACUGUUCUUGUGUCCUCCGUUGCAGAAUCAGUGACUCUGUCCACGACCGCCUCCAUAAAACCGACUUGCCCAGCAGUAGCUGCUUCAGGUGCUGGUUCGGAGUCAGUUGUUGAUGCAGAGCCACAGACUUCAGCAGAAGAGGGAGCCGAUGACAUCUGUGUUUCCACUCCUGAAAUCCCGAUUAAAAGUCCAGUGUUGUCUGAAAAAGCUGAAAAGGAUGAUCCCUCAAACGUCACACAAAGUGAUGCACAGGAACAGACUUUUACUAAAAAUUUCAUCUGCAAUGUUUGUGAUAAGCUUUUCCAUUCAAUGAAGAAACUGAGUCAUCAUGUUGGUGACCAUGCUGACGAAUGGCCCUACAAAUGUGAGUUCUGCGUGCUGCUCUUUGGCAAACCCUCUGCUUUGCUUGACCAUCGAUCAAGCCUCCACGGUGUUGGCAAGACUUAUGUUUGCAGUGUAUGCACAAAAGAAUUUGUCUACCUUUGUAACCUUAAACAGCAUCAGGAAGAGUUGCAUCCCGGCCAGCAGUGUUCCUACUCAGAAGAGGAGAAGGGGAAACUUAGACCUCAAAACUACAACAACUCAACAAAGGCCAACGUGGAGACCACAGAGCCGGACGUACCAGAGGAGCCUGAGAAAGUGGUGAAAAAAGAGGAGAGUGAAGUCGAUGUUGCUGCUGAAGAGCUGUUUACCACGAUAAAAAUCAUGGCCUCAGAUGGAGGCAAAAUCAAAGGGCCUGAUGUUCGUCUUGGCAUUAAUCAACAUUACCCCAGCUUUAAGCCUCCUCCAUUUCCUUACCAUAACAGAUCACCCACGGGCUCAGCAGCCUCUGCCACAAACUUCACCACCCACAAUAUCCCACAAACCUUCAGCACAGCUAUCCGAUGCACCAAGUGUGGUAAAAGCUUCGACAAUAUGCCAGAGCUGCACACGCAUAUCCUUGCUUGUGCAAAUGCAAGUGAUAAAAGGCGAUAUACACCCAAAAAGAACCCCAUCCCUCUACGUCAUUUUGCGAAAACUCAAAACGGAGUUUUGUCUACCACUAAUUCCACUAAUGGACUUAAUGCUUCAAACAGAUCCAGCCAGUCAAACAGGUCCAGACAUCACCAAGAGUCAACAGUCAAGAUGAAGCUGAAGGUUUUGAACAGAAAGAAGAAGAAGUUGGUUCAAAGGGCUAUGCCACAGAGGAGUAAGUCAGUCGUCCCCUCAUCAAAUAAAAUCUCACCUGCACAGGUGGAUGAGCGGCAGGAGGUCUUCGUCUGCCCACACUGCAGCAGGGAGUUCACAAUGCGACGCAGCAGAACCAAACACAUGGCAGUCUGCCCCAAGAAACCGAAAGAGGUGAAGAAGAGGAAAGACGGAGGAAUAUCUGUGACAAAGGAAAACGACGGGCACCUGCAUAGAAGGGUGGGGGAGAAACAACAAGCCCCACCUCAGCAUAAGACAAGACUCCGGACUACUGGCUCUGCUAAAAGACCUGCUGUCCUGCCAGUGCAGACUGUCUUUGCCAACAAGAGAAGUAAAAUAAUCAUAAAAGAGAGCAUGCAGCCAAAACAAGAAACUCCCACUCUGAGUGAACUUCCCGUUGUUCGCACUUUCAACCCCGCCAUGCGUCAGUAUAGCAGGGUGCAGCAUAAUGUUAAAGGGAUCCCCAUCAAAAUUACCAUCGUGAAACCACAACAGACUUCACCACAGAAGAGUGAGCUGCUUCCAAAUCAGAGCCGAGAGGAAGCAACCAGAGCUGUCGGUAACAGCUAUGAGCAGAGUCCCACAGCCUGAGGACUACUGAGCAGCCAACCAGGGAUUUUCAGGUAGUUAAAGCACUUUGAUGUUGUCCUCCAAAAUGAUGGUGUAGUGAUGUCUUUGAUGAUGUUGAUUUGAUUAGUAUUACAGCAUAGAUGUUAAAGGAUCCUGCAGGGUUGUCUUUCUAUAAGGGAUCGGUACCCUAGCUAAUAAUCAAUCCUGAUAAAAGGAUGUUGUCUGCAUCAAUAUGAACUUUGAAUUUGGAGAAUAACUCCAGAGAAAAGUUAAACUACUGCGAUCCGCUAAUGGACCGUGGUAAAUCAAACCUCUUUAAUUGAGAGAAUGAAUGCAGCGGUCGCCUUAUUGUUGACAACAUCCAAAAAUGAUCACUCCAACAUUUUUGUGCUUGUUUUCAGGACCCUUCGGUUUGGAGCUCCACCUGCAUACCUGUAUUCUUGUGAUACUAAAGAGAGAAAACGGCUUAACACACUGUAAACACCAUGUCCUCAAAGACUGAAACAUACUGUACAAUAGAUGACUGAAUUUUGGACAUGUAAAACAGAGGAAUAAGAAUACUGCGGUGAGUGAAUGUGUUAAACAGAGUAUUUGAAUGCUUUUGUAGCAGCUUGAAGUUUUUGUAAAUUUCUGCUUCUUUUCGAAACUUUCUGUCACCGGCUUAGAUUUGCACUUUGAAGUUAAUCUGACUCCGACAUGUCAAAAAUUGGAGAGGAAGUGGGAGGAUGUAAGCUGGAAGGCUUCUCUCAUUUCAUACUUGUCGGGAUAUUCAGAGGGAAUGGCAGGUGGCAAUCAUUUUCAGCAUGCAUUUGCACUUUUCCUUUCUGUUGUCUGUGGCCUUUUGCUUUGAACUUUUACUGCAUGCUGUGAACUUGUACCACACUUAGAUUUAUUAAGGUUGGUUUAUAUUUAUGCAGUUAGGCCUUAAAUACUGAAUCCAUUGUCGAGCUGUUGGUUUGAUUCAAAAAGAGUUAUUAUAGUACAUGAAAGACACGUGACGAACGCCUCCAAACCAAAAAGUAAUGCUUUCUGUAGUACAGUGUAACAUUGUGCUUUAACCUAAACUACCUGUCAGAAAGUCUAGUCAAUGAUAAUAACGUUGUUGUUUACUGUUCAGAAGUAAUUUGCUCAUAAUUACCGUGAAUGUAAAAUUGGUAGAAUUAAUGCUGCAGGCUUUGCUAAUUCAAAGUGUAUAUAAUCUGGUUAUGUGAUUUUGCCACAUUUAUCAGUAUUUGGCUGUUUGUGUUAAGGUUUUGAGAAAACUGUGCCAUCAAAUCUUUAUGAUAUAAUAUAAUAUAAACUAAAUAUAUCAGAGAGGUGGCAUGGAAAGACAUAGAUUGAUGUUUCCCGAGUAUAAAAUUUGUUUUCGUGAGACUGUGCCUCACCUUUUUUUUUUUUUUUUUUUUUUUUCCAAAAGUUGGUGUUAAAAAGCAGCUGAAAGUGUGUAUUUGUUUUAUCAUGAAAGGGCUGCCCUGUGCAGCACACUGUUAUUAUGCAUCAGAUUUUUGGGUAAAUAGGCCACCGCAAAUACAUUUCUAACUUUAGGGUAAGUGAUGUAGUUCCAGUGGAUUCCAAAACAAAGAUACUGUGUCACAUUCGGAGCUGCUUUGAUCCACCACAGGCACUUUUAAAAGAAGGAUUGAAUUCAAAACAGCGCUGACAAUGAUGGAGGGAGACUUGGCCUUUCUGCAUUUCAUUUUAAAUCCUGAAAUAGUGACAGUAGUCAGGCUUGUUGUGAAAUUUAUGUUGCACUUGUUUCACUGAAUACUUAACAGAAAUGUAAGUCUGUUUCCCUUUUCUCAUUCAAAACUAAUAAUCAUAGUAUAGGACCGUCUGUUUAAGUCUUUGUCAUCAGUCGUGUCAAUGCUUCAUCAUGACUUACAAUCUGUAUAAGAGUUGUUGAGUGUUUUCUUUUGUUUUGUAUGUGUGGUAAUCUAUAUGGAUUUCCAGCAUGUAUAAAAACCACAUUUCAGAAAUGUAAGAUAAAUUAUGGGGUCAUUCUGCUGGAGCCCGAUGGUGACACCAUCAAAUUAUAUGUGGCAAGUCGUCACUGAUCUCAGAGUGGGUGUAAUGAAUUGUAUUUGUUUAAUUUAGGGUUUGAGAGUACUUGGAUGGGCUGUCCAAUGUUAAACAGGGUAGAUUUAUCAGUGUGAAUGAAUGAACUAACUUAUUAUUUUAAUCAAGGCAUAUUAAAACUUUACAGUGGCCUCUAUCUGAAGGACAAAGUUAUGGUACUUCUAUUUAACAAAUUUUGCCUUUUCAGCUCUUGCUGGUUAUAUUUCCUCUUUGAGACUGACAGCAAAGUGUAGGAUGUCCCAGGUCUUUUGGAGACUGUUAUUGAACUGUGAAAAGUGCUUGUAGCAAUUUGAGGUGUAAAUGGAGUCGUGCAUAUUUAUUAAUUUCAAAUUCAUGUUAUCAAUCUCUGAAUGGUUUGUCUAUGAUUUGCACUAAAGGUUUUCCAAGUGAGUAUUAAAAAUGGAAUAUGUCAAAGUUUAAUGUGAAGUUUGUUUGAGAUUUUCUUUGAUAAAUGAUUAAAUUAAUUAAAUUUUUGUGGUUGGGUUCUUUGUGUAAAAUCUGUGCAUUUAUUUAUAGGGGAAUUAGAUUGUCAUAAUUUUUGAUGGAAGAAGAAAAAAAACAAUUGAAUCCUGACCUACAUACGUACACCUUAGUGGUAAGUCAUUGAAAUGUCCAGGUGGUGGCACACUUUCCUCACUCUAGAACUACAGAAGUGGAUUCAGUGGUGAUGCUCUUUUAAAACCUCUGCCUCUCGUUCUCACUCCCACAUCCAUUUACAGUGACAAAGCUUUUGAUGCUGUCUCUAAAGCCUACUCUUAAACACCAGUUUCAUAGCAUUUUCCGCCUGAAUGCAAAGGAGUUCAGAUGCAAAGCUAUUCAGAGGCACCAACCUGUGACCUGUUUUCAGCGAUGGAAGAAAAUCAUUUUCAUGGAGUAGCUAUUAACUGUUCACAUUUCUUUGUUCUAUUUUUAUCUUGCAUAUUGAGGACUAUGAAAAGUACAAAGAUUUGAGAAAAACUACCCAGCGGCAAAACCAAGAGUCAGAAGGUGCAACUCCAAACGGUACUUCCUGUAGAGAGAAAAAGGAUAAAAGGAUCCAAUCUAACAGACAAUGCUGUGACACAGGAGCAGGCAAACCUAAUUUUUCACGAAGAGCAGCUAAAAAUCAUCACAGUAGCUUCCAAAGUGGCAGGGCAAGAAAGUGUCAACGGGUUCAAAAAUGGGGCUUUAAAGCAUUUUAUCUAAAUAUGCUUAAUGUGUUUUUCAUUUAGCUUCCAUUUACAUACCAUAAUGUCUCUCUCAUGAGAGCCAUUAUUUGUUAAUGACUAACUACACUCUUCAAUCAAUUCAAGACUUGAAAAGUGGAGUGGUAUAAAUUCAGUUACUUUUGUGUGGUACCUUAGUGCGUUAGUAGGCAGCAACAGCCCAGCUAUACUUUACUAACAAGGAGCAAUCCUGGCUGUGUUGGAGGUCAAACAAAGAACCCACUCUCAGGCACAAUCACAGUUUUGUGGAGACAGUUUUAAUUAGUAGAUAUCUGUAAUCUGUGCGUAGAGAACCAGCACAGAGAUGAAGAAUGGGUGGAAAAGUUGCAAACAAUUGAAUUGAGAUUGAAAGAAGAGAAGCAGCAUUUGUUGGAAACAAGAGUGUUUGACUAACUUGAGAAGCUGUUAAUUUGGGGAGAGUGCUAAACACUGAAUAAAGACCCUCAGAAAAAUACAUGAAUGAAACUUAUUUUUUCCUGAAUGUUAUUUGGUUGUUAUACCAAGGGCCAAUCAUAGUGCUUGUUCAGCUAAUCACACUCCCCAAAAUAAAGAAACAAAUAGUUCAAUUGGCCAGUUAGUGAUAUCAGUUUGAUGCUAAACAAAUUUAUAUACAUAUAUAUAUAUAUGUGCUUUAUUUAAUGAAGCAUGAAAUGAAAUAAACAAAAGUAAGCUGUGACUGGGUACGAUGUCUUUAUACCCCUGUGUCAAUCUUAAUUUCAGCAGUGAGUUUGCCUCAUAUCAAGCAAAGUCUAGAAUUUUGAGUCUCGCUUUGACUGGUAACUCUGUUGUCUGUGCUAAUGCACUGAAGCAUGGGGUGGAUAGAUAAACGAGGCAUGACUGUUUUUGGGUCAGAGCAAAGAAGAAAACUUACUGUGGAGUGUUAAAACUAAAAAGCAUUUACUUCCUGAUUUAACAUUUGCCAAAUCAAAUUAUUGGCAUGUUUUUUCAUGUUUAUUUUUUGCUUGCAGUCUGUUUGCAGUCUUCGUCUUUCGUUAGUCUGCAGACUCCAAAUGUAGAUCAGUAAGAUAGUGUGAAACAACCAUUGCCUCUGUUUUUAGAGUCUUGGCCUGUGACUGCAUGCUCUAAAUCACUUACUUAGAGAUUGAAAGCCAUUUCUGACCCAGCUCAAUUCUUUAUCAUUAUGCAGCACAGUGCAUGAAGGGCAUGGAUUCAAUUAUGAAUUUGGUCAAUUCUUUUAUGUGCUUAACUAAAUGUAUAAUUUAACAGAAUUUUUGAAAUGUUCAGUAUUAUGCCAAUGCAUUUUUAAAGCAGUAGUAGUGCCAUACAUCUGUCUGCAACUUUAACAUAUCACAGUAUUCCCUGCAUCCCCACUGUGUCAUGGCUGCUGCCAACACUGCAAUAAAACGCAGAUUCAGGGGACGCAGCAGCAGGUGGAGUGAGCUGGUUUGGUCUGCUGUGCUUUCUUUUGUAAAGGCUCCAUCUCCCACUGGUGAUGCUUAUAUUCACAAUUUCCACAAGCUUUUAGUACCUCUGUGACGAGUCAACACAACAGAGUUGGUUUUUACUCUUCUUACACAUAGCUCUGAGCAUCAGGGACUUUUCUUCCCUGCAAAAUUUAAGGUUUAGGAAACAUGUAACAACGAUGAAAGAUUUCAGAUAAUGCACUGAAAAAAAUUCUGUGUUAAACUUAAACCAACAACUCCUUGACUAAUUUUAAAUAUUUAAGGCCUGGAUUACAUAAACAUUUAGAUUAUUCACUACAAGCCUAUAGUAUCAAGGGUCGGGGUGGCUACUUACAAAAAGUGGCAAGUUUAUGAGAACAAGAGCCAUAGCAAAGAUACCAAAAUAUGUGAGGUCCUGCUCACAGGCGGCAGAUAGCCACAGAUAGCCACAGACUUAAAGGGUCCCUCCUGUAUAUAUGGUCACAAUAUCUCUUUAAUUAUUGCAAAAGUUGUCUAAGUCAUGCUCCUUCUGUGUGGUAAUUAGAAAUUAUUUCUAAAAAGUCCAAUUCCACCCUGUGAGAUUAGGGGAUGAGCCUUGAGGUGAUGAUUUUUAGUUAGCAGUUUUGACAGUGUACCAAAGCGACAAAACCGCAGCUCAGAGGUAAAGGAUUUCCCAGAGCUCACAAGCUCUGUGCUUGAAGCUCUGCAAUAACUUCAAACUGCGCUGCUGCAUUUAUAUGCUGAGCACGGCUCAGGAUCUUAGCCUGGGGCCGUGUUGAAUUCUCACAGGAAGUUAUGAUGAGAAGUGAGGACACAUGAUCAGAGAUGAUUGAAAAACAAAAACAGUAUUCCCCAAAGUCUGAGGAGGAAACUUUGAUCUGUUUCUCGUUUACUUCUUCAUUUCAUUAAGUUUUAUAAAAAUAAUAUUAAGGCUGAUCCAAGAGCAGUGGCCGUGUGCUGUUUCUUCCCUCCUGGGCGGUUUUUAGAGAGCCAUACUGUAUGUCAUUUUCAGACAACAAAAAGAUGAAUAGCCCGGAGUUUGAAUGAUGCAAUAUGUCAUCUGGAGCUAAAGAUGGCGUUUGCAUGUACAGGUGAAGCCUGCGUGAAAAGAUGACAGGGAGCUGUCGGAAUAACAGAGCUUCAGGUGAAUACACAUGGGAGAGUGGAGUCACAAAACCUCUGACUCUGCUUGUUCUGGCAGACUUGACAAUGAUGCUUUUUGAGACUGGUUAGGAUGUCAGGCAUAAUAAACAUUUAGAAUAAGCGAACAUUAACCCUCCUCUUGUCUCCUCUAUUUUUUAUUUUUGUUUAUGUUUUGCUGCAGUGACGACAAUAGGGAAAAACUAAAUCUUAACCUUAAGAAAGUUUUUUUUUCUUUCUUUUUUUUUUUUUCAAAUCUGCAUUAGCAUUUGCUUAAAGGUGUCUGCCUACCUCUAAUUCCCGGUCGUCUACAACUUAUGUAAGAUUAUGUUUUAAGGAAACCUCU